AGAUUUAACAUUUCAAGGUGUUGCACUUAUUCUUUUUCCACCAAAUCAACCUAUAAAUCUUCCUAAUGCAGAAACUAUCAUUAAACGAUUUAAAGAAUUUUUAGAUUUGGGUUUUAAAAUAGAUAUUAAUAAUAUCUUAAAAAUAUUUUGUCUUUUUGAAAAUAGGAUCGAUGAUAUCGGUGACAUUUUUGUAAAUUCAUUUAUUUUGUUAAGAUUGAAAGAAAUUCAAUCAAUGAAAGACAUUUGCCUUACAAUACUAAAAGAUUAUAUUAUUAAUACAACUGUUCCAAUACUAAAAAAUAUUGCUACCAAUUUGAAAUUAACAAACGAUGAAGAUGUUGGCAUACAAUUUGAUAAUUUUAACGCAUUAAUCAAUGAUUGUGGGCAUGUUUUUAAUAAUAAUCUUUUAGAAGAAAUUAAAGAUACAAAAAAAUUUUUAUCCGAUUUGAAAAACAAGGAAUGGCAAUUUUAUGAUUCAUUUUUACAAGAACAAAUAUAA